AUGGAUGAAAUUAACUCCAAUAGUGUAGAUGAGCCAUCCUCUCUGGACAUAUGUUAUCCCUUUGGCAUGAAGUGCCGCAGAACUCUUUGGAAAUUUUCAUACCCGAUUUCAAGGUCCAAGGAACUGUCCAAAUUCAGAAAACAUGAAAGUGGCUUCCUCCAGCAGCAGGGUUUUGCAAGCAUUCUUUUCCAAAGACUUAAAAACAAAAAGUGA